AGGAAAUGAGGAAACUAUCAUCGAACGGAUAAUGAGACGCAAAGAGGUUGUGACCGACGAUGAAACGGAGAGCGGAGAAAGUGUCGAGGAAGAGGUUACCGGGAGCGAUGAAUCUAUACCGGCGAACUCCAAAAAGGAUCAACUCUUCGGCAUACCCAAUUUCGAAUUCUCUUACAAACGACUACCCAAGAAAUGCAUCAAAUUCUCGUUCCUCUGCGUAAACGGUGCAACUUUCUUUUCAGGUAUAACAGCCUUCAUUAUAUCGAUAUGGAUGCUGGCUGACACAAAAUUAAUGUCCAGACUUGUCGGUCAGCGACUUUUUGUAACGAUACUACUUUUCGUCGGUCUGUUGACGGCCGGUAUUUCUUUCCUGGGUAUUCUGUCGAUAGUAAAGAAAAGGAGAAGACUUUUGACCAUCGUGAGUCUUAUGAUUAUCUACAGAUUAUCUGGAGUCUGCGAUUAUUUCCGUUGCACAAUUUGCUAAUGAAUCAUAUGUAAUUACAGUACAUAUCGUGUCAAGUGAUAUCUUUGUGCGUUAUCUUCGUUUGCGCGGUGAUGAGCUUUUCAUUCUUUGAUAAAAUCAUGAGAAAGCUACGCGAAGAUAUGGUUAACACGAUAGUCAACUACCAUUCUUUAGAUUGGGUUACCGAAGCCUGGGACAACACUCACAGAUACGUAAGGGAUUCGUGCAACAAAAAGUCCAUUGAUGCGAUGUUCGGAAACAUGAAAAAUUCAACAAAAUUUUUGCAAAAUUCCAUUAGGGAAUAUGUAUUCCUCUUUUUCUAUGUCUGUUUCACGUUGAGAAAAAUUCUGGAUUUUCCGUCGGAAAGAUCAGGAAAGAGUUGAUGAAUUUUUUUGUUUCUUUUUUUUAAUCUUCCAGCCAAGUGCUAAUAUUGGACUAAAAUAGACAAUAGCACGAUUUUAAUGACUCCCAAUUCUGUGUUGAACCACUAACAGCUGCUAUGCUGCGGAAUCAGAUCGUAUCGAGACUGGGCUCGCUAUAACAUGAAAAUUCCUCAGAGCUGUUGCUCCUCCUCCAUUGACAAGGUAGAAUAAUUUCGAAUUUACAUGCGAAAAAUUAUCGUCGAACUGGAAUUAACGCGGUAAAAAUAUUCCAGUGCCUUAUCAUGACCGAAGAUUUGGCUUACAAGUCCGGCUGUUUGAAACGCACACUUAUUCUCCUCAAAUCGAAUGUCCAUACGGUCGCUGUGUCCGUGCUGUUCAUCUCGAUCGCACUGGCAAGUAUACAAUGUAACAAAUUUCCAAAGUAGAGAAAAAGAACUUACCGUCGAAAUGUUGGUUCGCUAAUUCAGUCACGCGUCAAACUUUUUCACCAGUCAUUUGGUUAUUAUUGGUAUUUGCAACAGGCAGCGGGUGUCUUUCUGGCCGUUGGUGUGUGCAAAAGAUUCAAGCUAAACAGAUCGCCGGCUGUCUGACGUUCUUUGUAAGCUGCAAUUAUAUUUGCAGAGGUGCGAUUGACUCGUAUGUUAAAAUUAGAAGUGAAAAUGCAAAUAAUGUAAAACGUUAUGUAUUUAUUAUCAUAUAUAGAUCAUAUAUUUUCUGAAAACACUUAAUAUAUCAUACUUAUAAUAAUAUAUCGUAAGUAUAUCAUUGGACAUGCUGGUUGGGUCGUGACACUGCGUCUGCCUAUCGGCAGUGGCUAGUGCGUAUAUGUAUAUACACAUCGGUAUGUAUGCAUACAAGGUUCGAAAUGGAACGUAAAAUCUUUCAACGUAUAUUAUAAUAAUAAUAAUAUACUCGUGCGUGAUGCCUAAAACUUAUAUACGAAUAUAUGAGAAAGAUAUAUUACGAAUUACUAUUUCUCUCUCUCUCUCUCUCUCUCUCUCUCU